AUGGAAUCAGAAUAUGGAGAAAGACGCAAAUCCUUCGCGUCUAGCGCCACUACCAAGACGCUUAUCACUCGGACCCUCACCCGCAGAGAUACCAUUACGGAUUGGUCUCACCAAGAGGCUGGUGCUAAGGGUCCAAUCGGUCUCACCACACUGUACAACCCUCCUGAUGACAUAGUGGCCGACUUGAUAUUUGUCCAUGGAGUCAAUGGGGGCUCCCAAAGCACAUGGACCAAGGACGGAGAUCCAUCGUUGUUCUGGCCUCAAGAAUGGCUCCCCAAGGAUCAAGCUUUCCAGGAUGUUCGUAUCCAUACAUUUGGCUAUGCAUCUGCCAUUUCGCAGGCAUCGGUUCUCAAUAUCCCGGACUUUGCACGAUCCCUGGUGUACUCUAUACAUGAUUCACCAGUCAUCCCAAGAGAUAGUAAGACACCAUUGAUCUUGGUUGGCCACAGCAUGAGUGGACUGGUCAUCAAGAAGGCAUUCAUUUUUGCCCAUGAUAGUGAGGAAAUGAAGCCGCUUGUUCGCAGAAUCUGUGCCAUCUUUUUCCUCGCGACACCGCAUCAAGGAUCCGAUCUUGCGCAGACCCUGAGGCGAAUCUUACAGGUGGUUUCAGGGACCCGGCCAUUCGUACAGGACCUCUUUCCGGGAUCGCCGGCACUAGAAUCGAUCAACGAAAAAUUUCCUCACCUUUGUGGUAAUCUGCAACUCUUCUCAUUUUACGAAAACAAGCCGAUGAGCUACGUCUUUGGACGAGGGCUUAUUAUGUAUCUCAACGCGAAUCACCGAGAUGUCGCCCGUUUUGCUUCUACCAGUGAUCCCUCCUAUCUCGCAGUUCGGAACUCGCUCGCAGCAUACAUCGAGAGCAAAAGGGACUCCCAAAUAUCUCAGGGCCAGCGGGUAAAAGGGGACCGGUUAGAGGCCUUGAAUACAUUCCUCGGUUUCUCCGAAGCCCCAGAAGGAGAUUUGAUAAGCAAAGAUGACACUCGGGUUCCAGGCUCGUGUGAUUGGUUCUUACGCAAACCCUCAUUCGAGCGAUGGCUGGGUUCUUCCUAUUCCCAAGUACUCUGGCUGCGAGGACGGCCGGGUGCAGGGAAAAGCGUUUUGACCAGUCACAUCAUUAACCGUCUGCGGAGCUUGGGCCAAGAUUGCUGUUUUUUCUUCUUCAAGCAAGAGGACAAAUCAAAAGUCACCAUAAAUUCUUUCUUAAGGUCUUUGGCUUGGCAGAUGGCCCAAUUACACGCCGACAUUCUGUCGGCCGUACUAGAUGUCGCGGCGACCUGGCAGGAUGCAAUGAUCAACAAGGUGGACCAUAAUCCUGUUUGGCAGACACUUUAUCUGCGCGGUCUGCUCAAAGUUCCUCACAUGAAGCAGCAAUAUUGGGUCAUCGACGCUCUGGAUGAGUGCAAAGCAGGCUCCGAACUCCUAUCUUUCUUGGCAAAGGUCCAAAAGCUCUGGCCAUUGUCGAUCUUGGUGACUUCUCGAUAUCCGAUGCCAUCCAUGGGUUUCACCAAUCAGGCAAUUGAGUUCGUGUCGGAGGUGAUCGGAGAGCGAACGAUGAUGAAAGAAAAAAAGGCUAUGGUGGAUGACAUUGGCGACAUGUCUAACGGUUGCUUCCUCUGGGUUGACCUAGUGCUGAAGGAACUCCAGCAGGCAAAUACAUCCGCUGAUAUCCGUAAAGUCCUAGCGAGCAGUUCCGACAGCAUGGAUAAUCUUUACAUCAAAAUUCUCAUGGAUAUGGCCGACGCUCGGUUCGGGAAAGAUUUGGCGAAGACCUUCCUUACCUGGACAGCAUGCUCGUUUCGGCCACUGUUGAUAGAUGAAAUACAUCAGGCCAUCGAGCUUGACAUCAAUGACAGCAUCCACGAUUUUGAGCGCUCCAUCAACACAUGUUGUCGCAACAUCGCCUACGUUGAUAGCCAGAAAAUGGUCCGGUUAAUUCAUUUGACUGCGCGGGACUUUCUUCUACGUCAGAAUAUUGUCGCGGAGUUUGAAAUUGACAAGUCAAGUGCGCACAGGCGACUUACUCUGGCGUGUCUCCAGUAUCUCUCCAGCACCGAGAUGAAAGUCCCUCGUUCAAAAACGCUGAGCCUCUCCACAGAAGCCAAGAAGUCCCCGUUCGCAGAUUAUGCAUGCAAGUUUGUGUUCAAACAUUUAACUCUGGCCAGGUCGACGGACGAGGAUAUUUUCGUGGCCUUGGCGAAAUUUCUCAUGUCACCCAAUAUUCUGAGCUGGAUUGAAUAUCUUGCCAGGCAUGGAGAGUUGCAGUUGGUGUUUCAUGCCGGAAAGGCCAUCGACAAUAUGUUGACACGGCGCUCGCUGCAUAUAUCUCCAAUGGGUCUGAAGAAAAAUCUUAGGCUCAUCCAAGAGUGGGGAAAUGAUAUUGUUCGGUCACCAAUUUUCUCUCUACCCAUUGUCAAUCCACCACCUCGUCCCCCCGUUUUGUCCCCGCGAUUCGACUGUGCGGCGACUAUUUGGUUCGUCGCCUAG